CGGGUCUCCUCGCGGCGUUUGUCGCGGCCCGAGGCGCGUCCCUGCCGUCGGUGGGGUGCGGCGGUGAGUGCUCGAUGGGAAGCGAAGGGGGGUUUCGCGGCCGUCAGGGGCGAUCCGCCGAUCUGUCGAGCUCGGCUGAUAGCGGGCGCCCCCAAGAUCUGGCGAGCUUGGCCGCCUACUCCGCGCCGUUGUGGGAGCGGGGGAUCCCCGCUCUCCGAAGCCAGCGGCAGUCGCCAGACCCCCCCUGGGGGACUCCUGGGGGCGGCGGCCGUGCUGGACCGCGUCGCGGCCGUCGCGCCGGCCUUGCCGCGCGGACGGCGGCUCUUGAGCGCCAGCUGGCGACCAGCGCGCGGACCCUUGAAGGCAUUCUAAGUGGCGUUCAGGCGCUUGCUUCGACCGCGCCGAUGGGAGGGGCUGCACAGACCGCGCCCGGUGCGUUGCAACCGCGUCCGUGUCAUUUGUUCCCGCCUCUCCUCGCCCCUCCGCAUCCGCCGUCGCUGUUUCCGGCGAGUGCGCCCGUGUGUUUCCAGCCGGCGUCGGCGCUCCUGGGACCUCCGCCGUCUGUGUACCGCGGGGCUCGUCUUCCCAUGGCGCCUCCCACCCUGGACACACCGGCGGCCUCCAGUGGAGCGCUCCCCGAGUGGCAACCACCUCCGCAGUCCUUCGUCCCCGAUCACUGGGCUCCGGGGCUUCCCGCCCGUGCGGCGGGUGUGGGGGUGUAUGGGCCCUUCGUGCCACCCCGUCGACUGGCGGUGUCCCCAAAUGGAGUUGAGGAGGGGGCAGAAGCAGCGGAGACGGGGGGGAUGGAGUCGUCGGAGGAGAUCUCCCCCGGGUUCCGUGCCCAGUCCCGGACCCAGCGCCCAGUGGGUACGCGGAGCCAACCGGGGGCGCAGGAGGACGGUCUGCCGGGCAGGCGGCAGACGGGGCAGGUGGUCGCGGUUCCAGCAGCCACGUUCCGUCGGAUGUGCCAGACGAGGAGGGCGUUUGGGCUGCUGGCGGUGGUCGUGGAGGCGACGCACUCCGCGCUGCUGGGGUCAGAGAGCUCCCGAAAGAUGCAGCACUCACACUUGCGGACGAGUUCGGACGCGGUUGCGGACCUCGUGGAGCUGGGGUCAGCGUUGAAAAGGCGGCGGGCGGCCGUGUGUGCGAGGAGUUUAAGGAAGGUUGGCACUUCGGCGCAUGGGCAGCCAUACGUCUCGACUGCAAGCGGGAAGAAACCGACGUAUGCCGCCCGGUGGCGGUACUCGUUGAUCUUCUUGUCCGCUUGCUCCCGGGCCAUGUAACCGCGGCCUUUGCGUGCUAGCGGGUCCCGGGAGCUGACUGGGUCGGUGACGGUGACAUCACAGAUCCAGACCGCCCCCGAGUCCCGGUCGCGGAUGGCCAGGUCGGCGGUCUUGCCGUCGACAGGGUUGUACAUCGCCGUUUCUUUCGUGACAAUGAGCUGAGCGCUAGGGCUGGAGCUGGGAGGGCCGACUCACAUUUCGCCAGCCAGGUAUGGAGACGCGAGGGGCCGUUGAAGGGAGGGGCCAGGGAGCAUGCCGCUGUAGUGAGAGGGCCUGUCGGGUCCGAAGGAAGGGAUAUGAGCAGCCGGUGGGCCUGUGUGACGCUGGUGAGGAAGGCGUGCGGGCCCUCCACUGCGGGGUCUGCGAGGCCAAGGCCG